AUGAAAAAGAUUGGAGGUGCCAUGACCUCCGAAGAUGACGGCCAUGGCUUGUCCAGACCAGCCAUUGUGUGGAGCAAAGGGCUGGUAGAGCAAUCAGGAAGAUCCAACUGUGACUACUGGAUGGUCGAUUUUCUGCUGGAUUUUCCCUUGCAAGGUCCAUCCACUGCCGAUGCAACCAGCCAAAAUCAAUUGGAGUUGCGUUCUCUAUCCUACGGAACAGUCCUAUUGUUGACGAGCCAUAUCGUCUACCUGUUACAACGAAAAAUUGAAGAAAUUGUUUCAUCGUCGCCAUCUGUGUCCCAGAAAGAUGAUCCAUCGCUGACCGCGAUCCCUCUGGCCGUCGCAAUUCCGGAAGGCCCCUUUCUACCGCUGGCCAUUCUCGCCGUCCAUGCCCUCAAUGUUCCUUUUUCGAUUUGCAAAAACAGUUGUAGUAAGGAUGCGGCUUAUGCAUUUCUGAUUCCCAUUGAACCCGGAGAAGGAAAAGAUCGAAUACGGCACAUGUUGGCGGAAACCCAACCCGCCGUGAUUUUGUGCUUGGAACCAGACCGUCAACGUCUGCAAGACAUUGUGGAAUCCCUUCGACAAAACGAUGAAACAGCAGGAAACCAAUCAGGCGCAAGUAAGGGUGCCCUCAAUACAGAAAUGUUCCAAGCGAAAACUUCCACCAUUUUCGAUUUUGCCAGCCUGGCGAGGGAAGCAGCAACGGCCAGUCGCUCACUGCUGGAAGAAAACAACAGCACACGACAAUCUCUAAUGGACCAACUGCAAUCUCAAUGGUCGGGAGUUGAAACCCUGCAGACAGUCGUUGCUCAGUUCAGCCGUCGCAUACGUCAACAAGAAUCAUCCAUCAUUCUUCCUCAAUCAACAACAACGACGACGACCACGAAUCGAUUGUCCCACGUGGCAUACACAUCGGGCUCCACGGGUCAGCCCAAAGGUUCUCUCUCUUCCAUCAACUCGCUCCACUGGUACAUCAACGAAAAGAAUCGUCUCCAUGGCAUUACACGACAAUCUACCGUCCUGUUGGCGAGUGCCGUCUCCUUUGAUCCGUGCUUAUCCGACAUUUUGGCCACCUUUCAGGCCCGUGCCACACUGGGAAUGGCCACUCGUGCCGACUUGUCACAAAACUUGGCCACCGUACUGGCAACCCUUGGCAUUACGCAUGUGCUUUGUACACCCACCUUGUGGAGUACCAUGAUGAGCAGUAGCAGUCACGAUUCUAAUAAUAGAAAGGUGACAGCACCCAAGGACGACUUUGCUCCUCAUUCUUCUUUGCAAUUGGUGGCACUCGGAGGAGAACCCAUUCCCAAACAGAUUGUGCAGACAUGGGCGAGGAGAACCACACCGAAUAAUAAUGAGGAGGAAUCAUCAUCCAACCCUGCUUCCUGUCGUUUGUUUGCAACCUAUGGCGUGACCGAAGCUUGUGUGUACCAGACCAUGGGCGAAAUCACCACAUCAACAACAACGACAGCACAAAGGGGCCAGAAUGUGGGUCAGCCCUUUGGAGGCAUACACGUGCGCAUCUGCAAAGAGGAGGAUCAAGAAACACUAGUGGAUGUUUUGCCCAGCGACAAUAUUGGUGAAGUAGUGCUGUACGGGUCCCAGCUCGAUGAGUGGAGCAGCUAUUGGAAUCGACCAGAACAAAGUCAACUCAAGUUUGUACGACUUGCAGAUUCGUCUACCGUUUGCUAUUAUCGAACGGGAGACAGGGGGUAUAUUGAACACAACAGUGGCGACCUGAUAAUGUUGGGGAGAAUUGGGGGAGAGGAAGGGAUGAUGAAAAUCAACGGGGUGAGAGUGGAACUUGGGGAGAUUGAAGCGGCGCUCGUGGACGACCGCUUGUCGAUAACAGAAGGAUUAGAGAAACACGAUGGACUGGAUCUUCCAGUGAUUGUGAAUGCAGCUGUGGUUGCCGGAACAACAACAAUGGACGAAGAACAAGCACUCCGGAACUCCAUGCCUAUUGUGUCGUCAGCCAAACCUGUGCCAGCGAGCUUGGAAUUCGUGAGAUGCUUGCUAGGGGACCAGGCGUUCUCUGCAAUUCCAGCGCCAUGCUCACACUGCUGCGAACCCGGUGCCAAAACAAGGUACGAGCAGGUUGUACGCCGUCGGCGUUUGUUUUCGUUCCAAUGA